GGUCAGGAUGGUGGCUCUCCUCGACAGAACUCAGGAGGAGGAGAGAGAAAAACCCUUUUUUUUCUUUCGGCUCCUUUUCUCUGCGUCCGUUCUUCUUCCUUUUUCAUUCCGUCCCUUCCCUUCCUUGCGCUGUGAUCUCUGAGUAGGAAUUAUUAACUCGCAAAUGGCUGAGGCAAAACCUGGUAUGAGAAAGCCUGUCUUCACCAAAGUUGAUCAGCUUAGGCCGGGGACCAGUGGCCAUACACUAACAGUGAAGGUUGUUGACUCCAAAAUGGUAUUGCAAAAGGGACGUCCUGAUGGACAGCAUGUUCGCCAGAUGCGUAUUGCUGAAUGCUUAGUGGGAGAUGAAACUGGAAUGAUUGUCUUUACGGCAAGGAAUGAGCAGGUGGAUCUGCUGAAACCCAAUACAACAGUAAUCCUGCGAAAUGCAAAAAUUGACAUGUUCAAGGGGUCAAUGAGGCUUGCUGUUGAUAAGUGGGGACGUGUUGAAGUCGCUGAUCCUGCUGAUUUCACAGUUAAAGUUGACAACAACCUGUCCCUGGUUGAGUAUGAGCUUGUUAAUGUGGAAGAGUGACCAGGGUCUGGCGGUCGCUGUUAGCUGAUGGAGGAAAAAAGCAAGAGGCCAAUAUGAUUUUGUGAUCUUUAAUGAUGGUAUGUUUCUCCUGGUUCGCUGGUCCAUCAAGGCGCCUUGGUAAGAAAAAUAUCUUUGGUAGGAAAAGAAAGUUAAAUUUACUGUCUUCAAAAGCUGCUGGAAUUGAGUGAUCCAUGUCCAUCAACAUCCGUGGUUUUGGAAUGCUUCUGGCUGGAUUUGCCAGAUGAACUCAACAGACACUCCACCCGUAUACAUCCAGUAGUAAACCUGAUAUAACUUGCAUAAUCUCAAGUUUUGUUAUUUAAUGA